CCUAUUUGAAUGAGAGAACACAUUAAGCAAAGAGAAUUCUAAGUUAAAAACAAGAACUUCCAUAUAAGAAAGUGUGAACAGGUAUCUGUGUGUACAACCACACGCUUUCCAUUUCCGGCGCUAUGAAAACUGAAAACCCAACUGAAAAAGACAACUGGCUACAAAUAGCACUGUUCUUUGGUCUGUGACUGCAUGUGUGAAGCUGCAAAGGUUGUGGUGUGGUAGUUAUGGAGGGUAGUGAUAUAUACAGAGCAAGUAAUAGUUUACGUGCGAGCAGUUCUACUGCAUGGAGAAGGAGUAUAAUGGAGGGUUUUUCGAGGUCAUCACAUCAUGAAGAGGGAAUAGAUGAAGAAGCUCUGAAAUGGGCUGCACUUGAGAAGCUACCUACUUACAACCGUUUGAAGAAAGGCUUGUUGACCACUUCUCGUGGAGUCGCCAAUGAGAUUGAUAUAACUGAACUUGGAUUUCGAGAAAGACAGAAACUUUUGGACAGGUUGAUCAAUGUUGCUGAAGAGGACAAUGAGAGGUUUCUGUUGAAGCUUAAGGGUCGGAUUGAUAGAGUUGGGAUUGAUAUUCCGACAAUCGAAGUUCGAUAUGAGCACUUAAAUGUUGAGGCAGAGACUUAUGUGGGAAGUAGAGCUUUGCCUACUUUUGUAAACUUCGUUACAAACAUGGUGGAGAGUGUCUUUACUUCUCUCCAUAUUCUCUCAGGCAAAAAGAAACAUGUUACUAUCCUUAAAGAUGUCAGUGGAAUAAUCAAACCUCGCAGGAUGACACUACUUUUGGGUCCUCCAAGUUCAGGAAAAACCACUCUCCUUUUAGCUCUGUCAGGAAAACUUGAUCCAAAUCUUAAGGCAUCGGGGAGAGUGACUUAUAAUGGGCAUGGAUUUGACGAGUUUGUUCCUCAGAGAACAGCUGCAUAUAUUAGCCAGAAUGAUGUUCAUGUUGGAGAAAUGACAGUGAGGGAAACUUUGGCAUUCUCAGCAAGGUGCCAAGGAGUUGGAACACGUUACGACUUGCUAUCUGAGUUGGCUAGAAGAGAAAAAGAAGCAAAGAUCAAGCCAGACCCGGACAUUGAUGUCUACAUGAAGGCAGCUGUAACUGGAGGUCAGGAGGCAAGUCUGGUAACAGAUUAUGUUCUGAAGAUUCUGGGGUUGGAUAUAUGUGCUGAUACAAUGAUGGGGGAUGAAAUGUUGCGUGGUAUAUCUGGAGGACAAAGGAAGAGGGUUACUACAGGGGAGAUGUUGGUUGGACCAGCAAAUGCUCUAUUUAUGGAUGAAAUAUCCACUGGUUUAGACAGUUCCACAACUUUUCAAAUUGUGAAGUGUCUCAGGCAAUAUGUUCACAUUCUUGAUGGAACUGCAGUUAUCUCUUUACUCCAGCCAGCACCGGAGACUUACGAACUUUUUGAUGACAUUGUUCUUAUAUCUGAUGGCCAAAUUGUCUACCAAGGACCCCGUGAACAUGUUCUUGAAUUUUUUGAAUCUGUUGGUUUCCAAUGUCCCGAGAGGAAAGGUGUUGCUGACUUUCUACAAGAAGUAACUUCAAGAAAGGAUCAAGAGCAGUAUUGGAUGCACAGAGAUGAGCCAUACAGGUUUGUAACUGUCACUCAAUUUACUGAGGCAUUUCAGUCAUUUCAUGUUGGGAGGAGAAUUGGAGAAGAGCUUGCAACUCCAUUUGACAAGUCCAAAAGCCACCCAGCUGCAUUAACCACCAAAAGGUAUGGCGUGAACAAGAAGGAUUUGGUAAAGGCUAACAUCUCAAGAGAGCUUUUGCUCAUGAAAAGGAAUUCAUUUGUUUACAUCUUCAAGCUGUUCCAGCUUACGAUCUUGGCAAUAUUGACCAUGACAAUGUUUCUGCGAACUGAGAUGCAUCGGGAUAACUUGGGUGAUGGAGGUGUUUACACUGGUGCUCUAUUUUUCGCAGUAGUAAUUCUUAUGUUUAAUGGAUUGGCUGAGAUUUCAAUGACCAUUGUAAAGCUUCCUAUUUUCUACAAGCAACGAGACCUUCUUUUUUAUCCUUCAUGGGCAUAUGCUAUUCCCUCAUGGAUCCUCAAGAUCCCUAUUACAUUUUUAGAAGCUGCUGUUUGGGUAUUUCUGACCUACUACGUAAUUGGAUUUGAUCCAAAUGUUUCGAGGUUUUUAAAGCAGUACCUUGUGCUACUACUGAUAAACCAAAUGUCUUCUGGUUUGUUCCGAGCUAUUGCAGCACUUGGUAGGAACAUGAUUGUGGCUAACACAUUUGGGUCAUUUGCACUUCUCAUUCUUUUUGCAUUGGGUGGCUUCGUUCUAUCAAGAAAUGAUAUCAAGGACUGGUGGAUUUGGGGUUACUGGAUUUCACCUUUAAUGUAUGGACAGAAUGCAAUAGUGGUGAAUGAAUUCCUUGGAAACAGUUGGAACCACUUCACCCCAAAUUCAAAUAAGACUUUGGGAAUUCAAAUUCUGGAGUCCCGUGGGUUCUUCACACAUGCAUAUUGGUACUGGAUAGGAAUUGGGGCAUUGAUUGGAUUUAUCUUCCUCUUCAACAUUAUGUACACUUUGGCUCUCACUUACCUAAAUCCAUUUGACAAGCCGCAGACAACAAUAACUGAAGAAUCAGAAGCAGAAGUUGAAUCCAAGACUAGAAAGGUUAGCUGCAACUUAAGAAGAAAAAGAAGCAAAGAUCAAGCCAGACCCGGACCUAGAACAAUGUCCUCUCAUGAAAGUUAUGGAAGUGCUAAUUCUGUUGUGAGUUGUAGCCGUAGAAAGAAUAGAGGAAUGGUUCUUCCUUUUGAACCAUAUUCUAUCACAUUUGAUCAAAUAGUGUACUCUGUUGAUAUGCCACAAGAAAUGAAGGAUCAAGGUGUAAGGGAGGACAAAUUGGUGCUUUUGAAAGGUGUGAGUGGUGCAUUUUGUCCUGGUGUUCUCACAGCUUUGAUGGGUGUAAGUGGUGCUGGAAAAACUACAUUGAUGGAUGUUUUAGCUGGAAGGAAAACUGGUGGCUAUAUUGAGGGAAACAUAAAAGUUUCUGGUUAUCCCAAAAGGCAAGAAACAUUUGCUCGUAUUUCUGGUUAUUGUGAGCAGAAUGACAUCCACUCUCCUCAUGUUACCGUCUAUGAGUCCUUGGUCUACUCUGCAUGGCUUCGUUUGACAGCAGAAGUUGAAUCCAAGACUAGAAAGAUGUUCAUUGAGGAAGUCAUGGAACUGGUGGAGUUGAAUCCAUUGAGGAACUCACUGGUUGGUUUGCCUGGUGUGAGUGGUCUCUCAACAGAACAACGUAAGAGGCUAACAAUAGCAGUUGAAUUAGUGGCUAAUCCGUCCAUAAUUUUCAUGGAUGAGCCUACUUCUGGGUUAGAUGCUAGAGCUGCUGCAAUUGUUAUGAGAACUGUUAGGAACACAGUUGACACUGGAAGAACAGUUGUUUGCACCAUCCAUCAGCCAAGCAUUGACAUAUUUGAAGCAUUUGAUGAGUUAUUCCUAAUGAAGCGUGGAGGACAAGAAAUAUAUGUUGGACCAUUGGGUCGCCAUUCUAGUCAAUUGAUCAAGUAUUUUGAGAGCAUUGAAGGGGUUAGUAAAAUCAAAGAUGGCUACAACCCAGCAACUUGGAUGUUGGAAGUCACAACUCCAGCACAGGAACUUACUUUAGGUGUUGACUUUCAUGAAACAUAUAAAAAUUCUGAGUUGUACAGGAGAAACAAGCAACUUAUAGCAGAACUAGGCAACCCCGGUCAUGGAUCAAAAGACAUUCAUUUUCCUACUCGAUACGCUCAGUCACUUUUGGUUCAAUGUCUAGCUUGCUUAUGGAAACAACAUUGGUCAUAUUGGCGCAAUCCACCAUAUACAGCAGUGAGAUUUCUAUCAACUACUGUCAUAGCUGUGAUGUUUGGAACAAUGUUUUGGGACCUUGGAGGCAAAUACUCUAGCAGACAGGACCUAUUUAAUGCAAUGGGUUCAAUGUAUAACGCUGUUCUCUUUGUUGGUAUCCAAAAUUCUGCUUCUGUACAACCCGUAGUAGCCAUUGGAAGAACUGUCUUUUACAGAGAAAGAGCUGCGGGAAUGUAUUCUGCAUUUCCAUAUGCACUUGCACAAGUUAUAAUUGAGCUACCUUAUAUUUUUGUGCAAGCUACAACAUAUUCUGUCAUAGUUUAUUCCAUGAUGGGAUUUGAAUGGACUUCAGAGAAGUUCUUUUGGUACAUGUUUUUCAUGUACUUCACAUUGUGCUACUUCACCUUCUAUGGCAUGAUGACUGUGGCUGUCACACCAAAUCACCAUGUUGCUUCUGUUGUGGCUGCUGCAUUUUAUGGAAUUUGGAACCUUUUCUCAGGAUUUGUCAUUCCACGACCUAACAUGCCUGUGUGGUGGAGGUGGUAUUACUGGGCAUGCCCUGUGGCCUGGACCAUAUACGGGUUGCUUGCAUCACAGUUUGGAGAUAUAACCGAUGUGAUGAAGUUAGAAAAUAUUUCAGUGCAAGAGUUCUUGAGAAGUUAUUUUGGUAUCAGACAUGACUUCAUAGGAGUUUCUGCAAUCAUGGUUUCUGGUUUUGCAGGCUUGUUUGCUGUUAUUUUUGCUGUCUCAAUCAAGGCCUUCAACUUCCAAAAGCGAUAGAUUAGUCAACAUGAGUGGUUUUAUACGUUUUCAAAGAAUACCUUCGUAGAUUACUGUAAUGUCUUGUAUAUUGGUUGCUUUUUCUGUUUAUAUACUUUUGAAAAAUAAGAGAUGUACUGUGUAGAGCAACUUCAAAAAUAUUUCA